GGUGGGGUUUCCUGUCAUCUAUUUAUAGCAACAUUUAUGCGGAAAUGUUGCUUUUCGGAGAAGACAAUUUCAAGGAACACUUCAUCUAAGCGUAAUAUUCAGGAGAUCCGUGGAGACAGCAGAGGUCAGAUCAAGAUAAAAAAAACAACAUGGCAGAAAAAGAAAUUCUGGACAUCUUCAAGCUAGAAACAAUUCAAGAUGGUGAGCUUCUCCGGCAGGUCUAUGGGGAGGCUAGUGAAGGCACAUCUCAAGACAGGAAUCUUCAAACUUGGCUGUCACUGUUGCCUAGCAAUAUCUCUGAUAUGAUCCAGUUAGCACUACAUCAGGAGCGACCAUUUCUUCCACCAGAUGUCACCCCUGAAAUGAUGGCUGAAACCAAUGACACUCUACCACGCAUGAACCAUAUUGAGAUUCUCUAUAGAUGCAUAGCAAAGGCAGCAGGAGCAGAUGACUUGGUGACCAUGGCAGCACUCAUCUAUGUGGUAGACAGAGCUGCAUACAGGUUUGGGGCCUCCAGGGCCCUGCUGCGAGUGUUGGACAUCCUCCUGGACGGAGGGCCCCACACGCCAGUGGCGCCACAAGUCAUCAUCAGGAAGGCUCGGGUCAUGAAAGAUGAUGGUGACCUUCACGGAGCUGUCCGUGUCCUGGAUGCUGUCAUAACAAGGGAAAGUGUGUGGGACUACAAAGAUGAUGACCAAUACAACAAUGUCAAGGCUGUUUGUGUCCAGAUUAAGGGUCAUAUACUUCACAAUCUAGGAAUGUGGAAAGAUGCUAUUGAGCCUUUGGUAGAAUCGGUUGAUUCCUUCAACAAGAUCCAUGAUGACAAGGGAACAUCCUCCUCCCUUGGACUUCUCACCAAAUGCCUGAAAAGGCUUACUGUGGCUGACUACAACGAAAUGAAACAAAAGUACCCUGCACUCUUCUCCCAGUCUCAUCCCUGCUACGAGGCAUAUUUAAAGGGAAUGGAUGCUGUCAAAUACAUUAAAGAUCUGGGACAGACUCUCUACAUUGCCAAACAUCAACUUGUUGCUGAGGAAUCCUUGCUGAUGUUUGCUCUGCAACAGCCACCAUCUUUGAGAGAGUUCCAGUGGUUCCAGACCAUUGUUGCAGACAUUAAGAAAACUCUGACUACCCAUGAAACUGUCAGCAAUCUCAAAAGUCUGGAAACAUACUUUGAGUUUGUGAGAGCCAUUUUCCUGAUUCAUUUGACCUUAUAUUUUUCUCCCUUUCCACAAGACCGUUCAUUAUCCAAGUACCUGGAGCAGAUCAGUAUUGAGCUGUACCGCCAUCUUUGUUCCUGUCAGAGCAGACGUCAACUUGUGACAAACUUGGAACAUACCAGUAACUCUGUAUCAUUCAUGAAUGCAUCACUAGGCAUUCUGGGAUUACCCUCACUACAAGGCACUGAUGAUGUCUCAAUGAAUGUGGAACUGUCAGCAUCAUCAUCAGAAGACUCCUUGGACAAAGCAGCAAGGAAAGCUGAUUGUUCUAAAGAGUCAUCAAAAGCAGAACACAUGUCAGACAAAGCAGGUACAGUUCCUGCUGUGGUGAAUCCUUUGACACCUGCUUCCAGACAGAAUCCUGGCACAUUUCCAGGAGCUGUAAAGAGUCAGAACCCCAAAGCUACAGAUUUGUACUCAAGGAAGUAUAUAGGACUAACGGUAGAUGCAUCUUCAUUCUCAACAACAUCAGGUUCUUCUAGUCAAUCUGAAUCAGGGGUCUCUUCCAGCCAAGAUGAACACACAGAGGAUCCAGAACUUGUAAAUCUAUCGGUUGUUUCCAUAAGUGCAACUGCAGAGAAAUUUAGCAACCUUGAUCUCAAUUCAGACCCAGACAUUUCGAGAGUAUUUGAUGACAAGAAUAUUGCACCUACUACCCAAUCUACCAGUCAGACUUCCACCUCUGCUUCCUCAGAUAAAUCAGUGACAGACAGCUCAGCCUCAAGGAAGUCCACUUCAUCUAGUUCAGGAUCAGUAAGCCUGUCCUCUGCUUCCUCCUCUUCUGCUAAAGUAUCUGGGGAGUCUGGGUAUAGUUUCUCCCCAUCUCCCUCACAGCAAAGCUCCAAUGGAUCUUCCUCCUCUUAUGUGGACCUGUCUGCCCCCACAGAGGAGUGGCAUAAUCUGUCUGAGAUCGGUGAGUUAUCUCCCCUGGUGGAUCUGCGUUCCUCCACAGUAAACAGCUCCCUGGAGAGCCUUCAGUUUGGUCACAGUGUUGAAACCAGGAGUGCUGAGGAGUACCUGGAGCACUGGAUGCCGCCAACAGUGGAUGAGACUAUUAAAGUAAAUAGGGCCCUGCUGCUGACAUACAACCCUGUGACAGGAGACUGGCAGUCUCAGAAUACACUGGUCCACACGGGACAGGAGCUGGACCUGGGAGGCAACAGAAAGGGCAACUGUCGGGAGGUGUUUGAGGUCUACUUUCUCCAUCAGGAGGAACCUCUGGGCAGGUAUGUCUGCAAGCGGUACCGACAGCAGCGCCCAGCACGGUACUACCAGCAGGAUGUGGUGUGUCAGAUGAUGGCUGGCUACUAUGUGACCAGGUUCAAUCAAGCCCUCCACAACUACCACAGCAACAUCCAGGUGCAGUUCCUACCGGCAGCCCAUCUUCAGCUCCUGACGCCAGACGAUCACUUAGAAGACUGGGUAAACGUGGAGCCAUACCUCUACGGAGAUUUCAUCAAGCUCACCAACAACCUGGACUUCUGCAAGAAGGAGCAUCAUGGAGAGGAGCUGGCCACAGCCUUGACACACUUCUCAUUCUGUGAGUCCCAAGGAAUGCUGAUGAUCGUGGACAUCCAGGGCUGGAUCCCAAGGGAAGGAAACGGCAUCAUCUAUCUCACUGACCCCCAGUUCCACACAAAGGGGUUCCGCAGGUUUAGCCCUGCAGACAGGCAGGAGGAAGGAAUGAAACUGUUUUGGUCCAAGGUGCACCCACAGUGUAACAGUAUCUGCUCAACUCUUGGGCUGACCAGACCACAGCAGUAGAUGGCCUGCUCUGGUCACUGUGUCACAACAUGCCUGUACAUUGAUCUAUAUCCAUUGUGGGGAUGUGCCUGUACAUUGAUCUAUACCCAUUGUUAGGAUGUGCCUGUACAUCGAUCUAUACCCAUUGUUAGGAUGUGCCUGUACAUUGAUCUAUACCCAUUGUGGGGAUGUGCCUGUACAUUGAUCUAUACCCAUUGUUAGGAUGUGCCUGUACAUUGAUCUAUACCCAUUGUGAGGAUGUGCCUGUACAUUGAUCUAUACCCAUUGUGAGGAUGUGCCUGUACAUUGAUCUAUACCCAUUGUGAGGAUGUGC